UCCACCAUCUUUUGCUCUUCUCUCUCCCUUUCCUCUGUUCUCCCCUCGUCCUCCUUCACUCCCACCAGUCCACCAUCCCCAACUCCCGAAAUUCGCCAACUGCUCUCCGCGGAAUUCGCCCGAUUCGGCCCUCGCCGGAGCUCGAUUCGUGCCCGAAUCCGCCGCCAAUUCGCGCCGCUCCGUUUUGCCGGCUCAGGUGACCCCCGCUUGCCCCCCUCUCUGUUUCGGUCUCCCCGCUGUGUGAUUCCAGCCUCUGCGUGGUUGAUUAUUCCCCACUGGAGGCGCGAGGGCAUGUGGGUCUCGCUGGUUUGGAUCCGUGGCUGCGUGGGCGUCACGUUCGUCGACUGCUUGGGCGGGAGGGGAGGGGACUAGAUCUCUCGGCUCCUGCGGCUGCCGUACAUUUUUUUUUGGGAGGGUUGAACUUGAAGAAGGUUGGUUUGGAUAGGAGGUUCUUCUAGGGUUUCGGUGGGGGCGGGCCAUGGAGGCGGCCGGGGUCGGGUCGCAGAGCCGCCGGCUGUACGGCGGCGGGUUAGGUGAGCCUGCCCAGGACAUGCGUGGGAAGAGGCUGUUUGGCUGGGACCUCAAUGACUGGAGCUGGGACAGCGAGCGCUUUGUCGCCACCCCGGCGCCUGCAGCAGAAAAGGCAAAUGGCCUGUCACUGAAUAGUUCGCCGUCUUCCUCUGAGGAAGCGGACGUCGAGGUGGCUAGGAGUGGUAACGUGAGAGGUGAUUCUGAUAAGAGGAAGCGGGUGGUGGUCAUUGAUGAUGACGGUGAUGACCAGAAGGAUGAGGACCCUGUGGAUAACAAUGGCAGGGUGCUCAGCUUGAGAAUUGGGGGAGACACUACUGUUGCCGGGGGAGCGGUGGAGGGUGGUGCCGUUAAUGAGGAGGAUAGAAAUGGCAAGAAGAUCAGGGUGCAGGGGGGAAGCUCAAGUGGCCCAGCUUGUCAGGUGGAGGGCUGCUGCGCGGACCUUAGUGCGGCGAAGGAUUACCAUCGCCGGCACAAGGUCUGCGAGAUGCAUGCUAAGGCCAACACUGCGGUGGUCGGAAAUACUGUCCAGCGCUUCUGCCAGCAAUGCAGUAGAUUUCACCUUCUUCAAGAAUUUGAUGAAGGAAAGCGAAGCUGUCGUCGGCGUUUAGCAGGUCAUAAUAGACGGAGGAGGAAAACCCGCCCUGAAAUUGCUGUUGGUGGGACUCCUAUUGAGGAUAAAGUUGGCAGUUAUUUAGUGUUGAGUCUUCUUGGAAUAUGCGCCAAUUUGAACUCUGAGAAUGCUGAGCAUUUACAAGGUCAGGAGUUGCUAUCCAAUCUUUGGAGAAACCUGGGGACUGUUGCUAAAUCAUUGGAUCCAAAAGAACUCUGUAAACUCCUGGAGACAUGUCAGAGCAUGCAAAAUGGAUCAAAUACUGGGACCUCUGAAGCAGCUAACGCUUUGGUGAAUUCUGCUGCAGUAGAGGCUGCAGGACCAUCUAAUUCUAAGGCGCCUUUUACGAAUGGUGGUCAACGUGAGCAAACAUCAUCUGCUGUUAUACCGCUACAGUCAAAUGCUACCGUGGUGGCGACUCCUGAGACUCCAGCAUGCAGGAUUAGGAAUUUUGAUUUAAAUGACACUUGUAAUGAUAUGGAAGGCUUUGAGGAUGGUUCUAAUUGCCCAUCUGUACAGCAAGAUUCUACUCAAAGCCCACCACAGACUAGUGGUAAUUCAGAUUCAACGUCAGCUCAGUCAUUGUCAAGCUCAAAUGGAGAUGCUCAGUGUCGGACUGAUAAAAUUGUAUUCAAGCUUUUUGACAAAGUUCCUAGUGAUUUACCUCCAAUUUUGCGAUCACAGAUUCUUGGUUGGUUGUCCAGUAGCCCUACUGAUAUAGAGAGCUAUAUUAGACCUGGCUGUAUUAUCCUGACAGUAUAUCUUCGAUUAGUUGACUCUGCAUGGAGAGAGCUCUCUGAGAAUAUGAGCUUAUACCUGGAUAAGCUUUUAAGUAGUUCCACUGAUAACUUUUGGGCAUCUAGUUUGGUAUUUGUGAUGGUACGGCAUCAAAUUGUUUUUAUGCACAAUGGUCAAGUUAUGUUGGACAGACCACUGGCACCUAAUUCUCAUCAUUACUGCAAGGUUUUAUGUGUUAGUCCAGUUGCUGCUCCUUCUUCAGCGACAGUUAAUUUCAGGGUGGAAGGCUUUAACCUAGUCAGUGCUUCCUCGAGGCUAAUUUGUUCAUUUGAAGGGCGAUGCAUAUUCCAGGAAGAUACAGCUAUUGUGGAUGAUGCUGCUGAGCAUGAAGAUAUUGAGUGUCUCAACAUUUGUUGUUCCCUCCCUGGUUCAAGAGGAAGAGGAUUCAUAGAGGUUGAAGAUAGUGGAUUUAGUAAUGGAUUCUUCCCCUUCAUAGUUGCUGAGCAGGAUGUAUGCUCGGAGGUUUGUGAGCUGGAGAGCAUAUUUAAGUCAUCCAGUCAUGAACAGGCAGACAAUGACAAUGCCAGGAGUCAAGCUUUAGAGUUUCUAAAUGAGCUGGGGUGGCUUCUUCAUAGAGCAAACAUAAUUUCUAAGCAUGAUAAAGUGGAGCUGCCUCUAGCUGCAUUUAACCUGCUGAGAUUUAGAAACCUUGGUAUAUUCGCCAUGGAGCGGGAAUGGUGUGCUGUGACCAAAGUGCUGUUAGAUUUAUUAUUUGAUGGAUUUGUUGAUGUUGGGUUGCAGUCACCGAAAGAGGUGGUAUUAUCAGAAAAUUUGCUGCACACUGCUGUGCGAGGGAAAUCUGUCCGAAUGGUUAGAUUUCUGCUGAGAUACAAGCCAAGUAAAGACCAGAAGGAAAUUGCAGAGUCAUACCUAUUCCGACCUGAUGCUCGGGGCCCUUCUACAUUUACACCCCUCCAUAUAGCAGCUGCUACUAGUGAUGCAGAGGAUGUAUUGGAUGCACUGACUAGUGACCCUGGACUGGUUGGACUCAACGCGUGGAAAAAUGCGCGAGAUGAGACAGGCUUCACCCCUGAAGAUUACGCUCGCCAGAGAGGCAAUGAUGCAUACAUGGAUCUGGUCCAGAAAAAGAUUGAUAAGAAUCUUGGCGAAGGUCAUGUUGUCCUUGGUGUUCCCAGCAGCAUGUGCCCUGUACUAACUGAUGGGGCGAAGCCUGGUGAUAUUAGCCUCGAGAUCUGCAAAAGCAUGCCAAUGGCUCCACAACCUGUGUCGAGGUGCAACAUCUGCAGUCGUCAGGCUCGGAUGUACCCCAGUUCCUUUGCAAAUACUUUCCUGUACAGGCCAGCAAUGUUCACCGUGAUGGGCGUUGCCGUGAUCUGCGUCUGUGUCGGCAUACUCCUCCAUACCCUCCCCAAGGUUUAUGCAGCACCAAAUUUCAGAUGGGAACUGUUAGAGCGUGGACCAAUGUGAGGACUUGGGGUUGCAAUAAAGCGUAGAUGUGUUGCUGUUAAAUUAAAAGAGUUUUAGUGUGGUGGCUUGAUCAAAGAAACAUGUAACUAUGUGAAGAAGAAGGCCCUUUGUAUCUGAAAGGCUAAAGGCAGGAUUGACUCGCUGCUAUAAGCCUUAUAUACCAUCAAUAAUAAUUGAUUGUGCUUACAUCCUAACAUACAUGUGGACAGAACAUAUGCCGCCAUUCAUUUCUCUUUCUGGUUGAUAGGCUGUACAAUUCAUUCUUUGAGAGCUGUAUGUUUAGAAGAGAAUCAGAAUAAAGCAUAUUCUUUUAUUUUUGUUUGUAAUAUGUACAUAUGUUGAACCUUAUUGUUCUCCCCCUGGA